GCAUUAUCGGAAGCGCUCUGCGUCGCGUGGACGCUCUGGUAGCCGUUCUAGAAGUCGUUCUCCGUCUGACAAAAGAGGAAAACGUGGAGAAGACAGACGCUCUAGAAGUAGAGAUCGAGAACGUAGACGUGAGAGGUCACGCAGCAGGGACAAGAGAAGGUCUCGCUCGCGUGACAGAAAGCGUCAAAGACGUUCAAGAAGUAGAGAAAGGGAACGGAGCCGAGAGAGAAGAAGAUCCCGAAGCCGAGAGAGGAGGCGCUCCAGAAGCAGAAGUCGAGGUAGACGGUCUCGAUCCUCCAGUCCAAGCAAGAACAGGAAAACAGAAACCAGAUCAAGAUCUAAAGAAAAGACAGAAGGUGUGGAAGUUUCCAAAGAAAAGAAAAAAGACAAAGAAGACAAAGAAGAAGAGAAGGAUAAAGAUGCUACCACAAAUACUGUGGCCACAGAGAAUUUUGAUCAGAACAAACUAGAAGAAGAAAUGAGAAAACGGAAAGAAAGAGUGGAGAAGUGGAGGGAAGAGCAACGCAAGAAAGCUAUGGAAAACAUAGGAGAACUGAAAAAAGAAAUUGAAGAGAUGAAACAGGGGAAAAAAUGGAGUUUAGAAGAUGAUGACGAUGAUGAAGAGGAAACCGCAGAAGGAGAAAAAGAAGGCAAUGAGGUUGAAGAUGAAGAAUUAGAUCCUUUGGAUGCUUAUAUGGAAGAAGUAAAAGAAGAGGUCAAGAAGUUCAAUAUGAGGAGUGUGAAAGGUGGAGGUGGGAGUGAGAAGAAAUCUGGACCAACUGUUACCAAGGUAGUAACCGUGGUGACAACCAAAAAGGCAGCUGCAGAGUCAGAAAAGAAGAAAGGGGAGCUCAUGGAGAAUGACCAAGAUGCAAUGGAGUAUUCCUCAGAAGAGGAGGAAGUUGAUCUUCAGACUGCCCUGACUGGCUAUCAGACCAAGCAGAGAAAGCUGCUAGAACCAGUGGAUCAUGGAAAGAUAGAGUAUGAACCUUUCAGGAAAAACUUCUAUGUUGAAGUACCAGAACUAGCUAAAAUGACUCAAGAAGAGGUGAAUGUGUACAGGCUGGAGUUGGAGGGAAUUACAGUCAAGGGAAAAGGCUGCCCCAAACCAAUAAAAACCUGGGUACAGUGUGGUAUUUCCAUGAAGAUUCUCACUGCCCUCAAAAAACACGGCUAUGAAAAGCCCACUCCCAUUCAAACCCAAGCUAUCCCAGCAAUUAUGAAUGGACGUGAUUUGAUUGGUAUCGCUAAAACAGGAAGUGGAAAAACUAUUGCAUUUCUGUUGCCCAUGUUCAGACACAUUAUGGAUCAGAGAGCGUUAGAAGAAGGAGAAGGUCCCAUAGCUGUCAUUAUGACACCUACUCGUGAGUUGGCUUUGCAGAUUACCAAGGAGUGUAAGAAAUUCUCAAAGACACUUGGGCUUCGAGUUGUCUGUGUUUAUGGAGGAACAGGGAUCAGUGAACAGAUAGCUGAACUCAAAAGAGGUGCUGAAAUUAUUGUUUGCACACCUGGACGUAUGAUUGACAUGUUAGCAGCUAACAAUGGUCGAGUGACAAAUCUCCGUAGAGUCACGUAUGUUGUACUUGAUGAAGCAGACAGAAUGUUUGACAUGGGUUUUGAGCCUCAGGUUAUGCGCAUUGUAGACAACGUCAGGCCUGAUCGUCAGACUGUCAUGUUCUCUGCUACUUUUCCCAGAGCUAUGGAGGCACUAGCUCGGAGAAUCCUAAGUAAACCUAUAGAAGUGCAGGUCGGAGGCAGAAGUGUUGUCUGUUCUGAUGUGGAGCAGCAUGUUAUUGUCAUAGAAGAAGAGAACAAGUUUUUGAAGUUACUGGAGCUACUGGGACACUAUCAGGAGAAAGGAUCGGUUAUCAUAUUUGUAGAUAAACAAGAACAUGCUGAUGGGUUGUUGAAAGAUUUAAUGAGAGCCUCUUAUCCUUGCUUGUCUCUUCACGGAGGUAUCGAUCAGUAUGACAGGGACAGCAUAAUUAAUGAUUUCAAGAAUGGAAUUUGUAAACUUCUAGUAGCCACAUCUGUAGCAGCAAGGGGCUUAGAUGUAAAACAAUUGAUGCUGGUGGUCAAUUACAGCUGUCCCAACCAUUAUGAAGAUUAUGUGCACCGAGCAGGCCGAACUGGACGAGCUGGCAAUAAAGGGUAUGCAUAUACAUUCAUUACUGAGGAUCAGGCACGGUAUGCUGGUGAUAUCAUUAAGGCUUUGGAAUUGUCCGGGAAUCCAAUUCCUACUGAUUUGGAGAAGCUCUGGGCUGACUUCAAAGACCAACAGAAGGCUGAGGGAAAGUUGAUUAAAAAAAGCAGUGGAUUCUCUGGCAAAGGUUUUAAGUUUGAUGAAACAGAACAGGCUUUGGCUAAUGAAAGAAAGAAGCUCCAAAAAGCAGCUCUUGGCUUGCAAGAUUCAGAUGAUGAAGAUACAGCAGUUGAUAUCGAUGAACAAAUUGAAAGCAUGUUCAAUUCAAAGAAAAGAGUAAAAGACAUGGCAGCACCAGGAACAUCAAACGCUCCUACACCAUCAGCUGGGAAUGCAGAAAAAUUGGAAAUUGCUAAAAGAUUGGCUUUGAGAAUUAACGCCCAGAAGAAUCUUGGAGCAGAGGCACAAGUAUUGGUCCCCUUCCACUUCAAGGAUGUGAUGCAGCAGGCUACAAAUGCUAUCCUGAGAGGAGGCACGAUUCAAGCGCCUACUGUAUCUGCCAAGACCAUUGCAGAGCAACUGGCUGAAAAAAUCAAUGCUAAGCUCAAUUAUGUACCCAUAGAGAAGCAGGAGGAAGAGAAACAGGAUGGAGGACAAAAUGAAUCCUUUAAGAGAUACGAAGAAGAAUUAGAGAUCAAUGACUUCCCACAGACUGCCAGAUGGAAAGUUACCUCCAAAGAAGCGCUACAGAGAAUCAGUGAAUAUUCUGAAGCUGCUAUUACAAUCAGAGGAACUUAUUUCCCUCCCGGCAAAGAACCCAAGGAAGGAGAACGAAAGAUUUAUUUGGCUAUAGAAAGUGCCAAUGAACUGGCUGUACAGAAAGCAAAGGCAGAAAUCACACGACUUAUAAAAGAGGAGCUCAUCAGAUUGCAAAAUUCUUACCAACCAACCAACAAAGGAAGAUACAAAGUUCUAUGAGUAUUUGGAGUUAUCUGUCUGCCAGUGGCUGGUGCGUGAAACUUUGUGGCUUCUGUUGUUUUUGCUGUUUACACUGCUUAUUGUAAAUUAAGAAUUUUUUUAUUUUGUCUUGCGGACAUUUUUUAACAGAAAAUUGAUACUUGCUGAAACAACUUAAUUCUCUCCACUAAAGUUAUCAGUCUUAAAGCAGACCAGUUUUGGCGGAGCAUGAUUUAAUUUAAAAGUGCAGUUUAUAUACUUUUCAUCAUAAAGAAUAUAAAAUAAAACAGAUUUUCAUUUUUCUGA